AUGGAGCGGGAGGGCGGCGGCCCGGGGCCCCCCGCGCCCCACGAGCCCAUCAGCUUCGGCAUCGACCAGAUCCUGGGCGGCCCCGAGCCCACGGGGCCGCACCGGGCGGCGGCAGAACCCGACUACGGGCUCUACGGCAGCGGCUACGGCCCCACGGGUCCGCUCGGCUCCUACAACCUCAACAUGAGCAUGAACGUGAGCGUGAAUGUGACCCCUGCGCCCGCCGCGCCGCCCGCCGGAGUCAUCCGCGUCCCGGCGCACCGGCCCGCGCCCGCUCCGCCGCCCGCCGUGCCCGCCGCGCCGCCGCCGGGGCCCGCGCUGCCGGGGCUCACCUUCCCCUGGAUGGAGACAACGCGCCGCAUCGCCAAGGACCGGCUCUCAGCCGCGCUGUCGCCCUUCGUGGCGACGCGGCGCAUCGGGCACCCGUACCAGAACCGGACGCCGCCCAAGCGCAAGAAGCCGCGGACGUCCUUCUCCCGGGUGCAGAUCUGCGAGCUGGAGAAGCGCUUCCACCGACAGAAAUACCUGGCCUCGGCCGAGCGUGCCACCCUGGCCAAGGCCCUCAAGAUGACAGAUGCCCAGGUCAAGACCUGGUUCCAGAACCGCCGCACCAAGUGGAGGCGUCAGACGGCGGAGGAGCGCGAGGCGGAGCGGCAGCAGGCCAACCGGCUGAUGCUGCACCUGCAGCAGGAGGCUUUCCAGAAGAGCCUGGCGCAGCCGCUGCCGCAGGACCCGCUCUGCAUGCACAACUCCUCGCUCUACGCCCUGCAGAACCUCCAGCCCUGGGCCGAGGACAACAAGGUGACGUCGGUCUCGGGGGUGGCCUCUGUGGUGUGA